CUUGAACAGAACUUAAAUCUGGAAAAGGUUUGUCACGUGAACUACAGAUUAUUAAUUCAGCAGCGAGGACAGCCGGCAGAGUCACGACCAAUCAGCACUCAGCAUCCUCCGGUCUCACACCGGGGAGAAGCCGUACGUGUGUGAGCCCGAGGGCUGCAACAAGGCCUUCUCUAACGCCUCGGACCGGGCCAAGCACCAGAACCGCACGCACUCCAACGAGCAAGAUUCCAUCAAAGCGAGCCAGCUAUCUUGGGUCAUCAGAAGAAAUAAAGUUUCUGUAGCUUUGGUGAUUUAUUUAAGAAGGAGGAACACGUUGUCAUGGCAGAGCAAGUUGAUUUGAAGAGUCAGGAGGAUGAUCGGGCACCUGACAUGAAGGAUUGGAGUAAACAUCAAGUUAGAGAAUGGAUUCUCACAUUGCGUGAUGUCAUUGACAGUGUUGCAGAGCUGCUGGUCCAGCACGACGUUACUGGGCCAAGGCUUUUGCUAUUAGAUACAGAUGACUUUAAAAAAAUCGGUGUGACUUUUGGACCAGCACAACUUCUCAUUCAUGCCAGAGAUGAGCUUGUUGGCUCUAAACCUGUGCCAGGAGGAGCAUGCAAGCCCUAUCCAUUCGGUAGAUAUGAUGCUACAUACAGAUACAUAAAAUGUGACAUUCUUGAUGUUAUAGAAUCAGGCCCCUCAGACUUAAUUGAACCCUGCCAUGAAUAUAAAGCCUUUAACAAUACAUUAGAUGACCCUACAAUGACCAGGUCAGGUGAAGAGGUUAUCCGCUUUGUAGCUGCCUGCAUGAACAGAUGCACCAAUGGCACGAUUCAUUUUGGAAUAGGAGACGAGCCAUACUUCAAACACGGUCAAGUGUUAGGAGUGGUUGUUCAGGACAAAGAGGCUUAUGCACAGAAAAUACACUCUGCUAUUGAUCAUUUUGAUCCUAAACAGAGAACGAUUGCUCGUCUUUGCAUCAGACCUCCUAGAUUUGUUGAGGUUCUCAAUAGGAAUGACACAUUCUCUGACAGAUAUGUAAUAGAAGUGGACAUAGUACCUGACUCUACGAUGUGUGGAGACAACAUCUUCCACACCUUCAACUUGAAAAAAGGCAAGAAAAAAGGUGAAAAACAAUUAUUUUUCCGAAACGGUGGAAGCAGCAGGGAUCUGCACGCAGCACCCACUUCUGCCAAACUGAUGGCAGAGUACAACCAGUUUGUUGACGAUAAGUCACAGCUCGUCCAAUUCCGAAAACAAGCUGAAGAGAAGCACCUCAAUGGUACAAAAAGCAGUACUCAGGGCUUCAGAUUGAGUAACAUGAUAACUGGUGGAUCGCUCUCUUUAGAUGAGUCAUGUGUGCAUUAUGUGAUAGUAACUAACAAAUCACAUCCAAGCCAGUUGAAAUCACUAGAAUUUAUUAUGAAGCUCAACCCAUUAGUUGUUUUGGACUUUGAUCCAGAAUCUGCUAAAAAUGGGUUACAAUAUCACUUUAAACAACAGAGCACAUGCAAUGACCAUUCACCAGUACACUAUAAAAUCACAGAAGGAGUUGAAGACAUCGCAAAGAAGUUGAAAUUAACUCAAACCACCAGCUGGGUAUUCUGCAAUGGAAGGAUUGAGGAUGAGGCACCCUCAGACAUCGAACAAUGGUCGAUGGACAAGGGGUCCUCCGUUCAAGAUGUGGUUUCUUUCUUCUGUCGGAAAGAUGUCCUUCCAAACAAAAGCAUCCUCGUCAUUUUCUUACUUUACUCAACAGUGAGUAGGGAGAAGCAUCCUCUUGUUGAAACCUUCAGAAUGUUCCAUCAGGAGCUCAAAAGCAAAGAGCAGAUCCUUUGUAUAUGCGACAACAAUCAAGCAUUCACCUCCUGGAAGAAUCUGGUCGAUGCUCGGUGUGGAAUCAACAUUGCUCCAAGAUGCAUAUAUGAACUCAGUUUUGCUGAAGUCAACGGAACUAUCCUUAGUCUUUCGUCAAAAAAACGCAGCUCUUGCCGUUUCCUACCAUGUGGCGGCGGAAGUAAUGUGCUUCUUGAGAAGGAUUCCGAGCAUGCCCUGAAUACCUUGGAGGUACUAUGUGUGAACCAAUGUGAGGGUGGAAAACAGGUCAAAAAGGACAUAGAGGAGAAUUUCUACAGAGGAGGACAAGUGUCAUGGUGGAAUUUCUACUUUUCUGAACAGCCUGGAUCCUCAUCAUUUAUCAAACGAGACAAGAUUGACUUAAUCAUAAACACAGUCAUACCAGAUUUGGCUUCCCGGAGAAAAGUCUGCGUGUUAUUCAACCUCAUGCAUUUACCCGGCUGUGGUGGGACAACAUUGACCAUGAAUAUUUUAUGGGAUCUCCGGCACCAAUACCGCUGUGCUGUCCUCAGAGACAAAAACGCUGACUUUGCUGAAGUCGCUGAUCAAGUCGUCAAACUUGUAAUGUCUAACCAAAAGGAGAAAUUACCAUGCGUCCCUGUUUUGCUAAUGAUAGAUGACUUUGAUGAGAAGGCGAAAGUAUUUGACUUGCAGCGGGCCGUUGAUGAAGAAUGUACGAAAAACAUUAGGUCGAAGUCUGCACAGGUCAUUCUACUGAACUGUAUGACGUCAGAGUCCUCUGAGCAGCCUGAACAAACUGAAGAGACAAUAUUCAUUGGAAACACUCUCUCCGAGAGGGAGCAGAAACUGUUUGCGGACACGUUCUAUGGAUUCAUGACCAUAAAAAAGAACUUGAAGCCAGAGUAUGUUGAGGGUGUGGUCCGCAACACCCUGAAGAGCUUCGACAUAAAUCACAAACAUGCACAACUCCUGGCUGUUUUAGUUUGGUUGAAUAAAUACUACAAGGAUGCCUUUCUGACCGUCCUUCUGAUUAAAGAACUUCUUGGCUUUCAACCAAAACCAGUGUGCGUAACCAUCAAAGUCGAAGAAGGAUUUGGGACAUUUUCUACUUUGAUUGCCACCUGCUCAGUUCAGGGUGACGUGAAAAUGAUCCAUCCAAGUGUUGCAAGGCGCUGUUUGCAGGAACUUACCAAAACGCACAAUGUGACCGAAGAGGAUUUUACUGAUCUUCUGCGGACCCUAGUCAAGCCGUAUGAGAGCAUGCAAGGCAAAGAUCAACUCCUGCAAAAAAGAAUACGUUCAGUCAUUGAGAGACAGAGCUCGUUCCAAUGUCUGUGCAUAUUUCCAACUACAAGGAGCGAUUGGAAACAUUUCAUAAAAUGGCUCAGUCAGCAUUCGAGGAAACACAGAGCCUCGCAAAGAAGGAGUCAAGUCAACAAGUAUGGCCCUUUAAAAUCCUCAAACCGUUUAAGGAAGUACUCUGAAACUUCAGAUUAACAACUGA